UAGUAUUGUUCACACACGUGGCGCUAGUGUUCGUAAAUGUAACUUCAAAACUUCAAAGUGAAACUGUGAUUUGUGAAUGUCAAUCGUGGAUGUGGAAUGUUUUGUGUUGUGAGUGAAAAGUGGAUGUAGGAAUAGGAGAUUUAUAGUUGACAUGUGGUGUGCGCGUGUCGUUAGAUAAGCAACCGUGUACUGCAGGGUUGUCGCGGCGAUACAACAACAGUGUGGAAUGGUUCCGGUGUGUUGGCGGUGUCUGUUUGAUGUGAGUAGCCCUAUCGGAGCUUAGUGUGAUGAAGUGUGACCGAUUAUUAAAUUUGGAACGUCCUAAAUUACCGAAGAGGUUUUACAUCUUGACUUGCUGAAGGCACGUUCACGUUGAGAGGUUGAGGCGAGCUCGGCACGAUGGGGAAACUUCUAUCGAAAAUCUUUGGCAACAAGGAGAUGAGGAUAUUGAUGCUGGGACUCGAUGCCGCUGGAAAGACUACUAUUUUAUAUAAGUUAAAAUUAGGUCAGUCAGUCACAACGAUACCGACGGUCGGUUUCAACGUGGAAACCGUCACGUACAAGAACGUCAAAUUCAACGUGUGGGACGUCGGUGGACAGGAUAAGAUCCGACCGCUAUGGAGGCAUUAUUACACAGGCACGCAAGGCUUGAUAUUCGUGGUGGACUGCGCGGACCGCGACCGUAUCGACGAGGCGCGCCAGGAGCUGCACCGCAUCAUCAACGACCGCGAGAUGCGCGACGCGAUCAUACUCAUCUUCGCCAACAAGCAGGACUUGCCCGACGCGAUGAAACCCCACGAGAUCCAAGAGAAGUUGGGCCUGACGCGGAUCAGGGACCGCAACUGGUACGUGCAGCCGUCGUGCGCGACCUCCGGCGACGGCCUGUACGAGGGCCUCACCUGGCUCACCAGCAACCACAAGUUAUGAGCUGCGGAGUAGGCGGCAAGUCGCCGCCAACACUGACACGAUGAGGAUGCCAUUUAAUUUAAGUAAGCUGCGCCCACGCCGUCGGACAGAAACCUCGUGAACCAGUGCCGUUGUAUGGACAUUGACUCGUAUGUAUGUAUGUAAGAACCGCUGAGUGUGGACUGUGAGUGCCGCGGCCGCGGGUCUCCGCUAAUGUUACUUACAAAACAAAGUGAACAUUGUCACACUAAACGAAAAUCUAUUCCAUUAUUUAAUUAAAAUAUUAGAGGUUUGUUGUAACGAAAUAUUUUGAUUAUUUUUUUAUUUUAUUUAAAAAAAGCAAAUAAUUACGUAUAGUAAACAAUUUUUUUAUUAUUAAUUAUUAAAGAAAAUUAAUUUAAUGUUUACCUCCUUUUUUGUAUAGUAAGGUAGAAAUUAAAAUUUUGAUGAUAGUAAUCAAUUGAUAAAAUUAAGUGUCGAUGAGAGGUGUAACUAUUAUAAAUAUAUUAAAAAAGCAAUAAAAUAUUGCACGCCUGCGUAUUUAGCGUAUUGUAUAAUAGCUUCAUUUGUAACGCAUUCUGUGGGUGAUAAAAAAAUAAUUAAAACAAAGUUAUUAUUGUAACA